AUGUCGGAGCAGGAGUUCGCGGUGAGGGUGAACGACCAGUUGAAGUCCACGGAGUUGAGGCUAUGCGGCGCGCUCGGCAGGGACAAGAGGCAUGGUGCUCACAUGCGGGCUUUCUGGGCCUCGACAGUAUCUUUCUUCGUGGCGUUCGUGGGUUGGUUCGCCCUGAGCCCGAUCGCUAUCGAGGUGGUCCACAGCAUCGACGCUUGCGAAAACCAGCUCUUCCCACCGGUUGCGAACCCAGAGAGGAAAGCAUUCUUGAAGUUCAAGGCGAUCGCGUCGGGGAAGAAGUAUUGCCAGCAUGGGAAGAUCGGAGAGGAUAACGAUCCGACUGGGUGCCAGGAUGUGCCGCAGGACGUUUGGGACGAGAGUUGGGGCACGGUGGCGGAUAAUUUCGAAGUCCUCCCUAAGUGCGUUUGCAGCCCGGGCACGCACUGCGGUUCGACGAUCCUGUAUUCAAGCAUCACCUCGGUCGGCAUCACGAUCUUUGUGCGCGUGGCGCUCGGCACCCUCCUCGAGAGGUUCGGCCCGGUCAAUGUGCAGUCUGGCCUCCUGCUCUUCGGAGCCAUCUGGGUCUUCGCCGCGGCGGGCAUCUCGGCAGAGUGGAACUUCAUCCUCAUUCAAGGGGUGGAGUGGCCAGAUGGCUCGUGCAGCAUGCCGGAGUCAUGGCCCCUGAUCGUCGGCACUGAGUCCCGCGUCUGCGCGGAGCGCGCACACAUCGGGCACGACAUUGCCGCGACCGCCACGGGCAAGCGCGCUCGUACAGCGCAUGCUACCAACCAGGUGCUGUGCGAGGCCUUUUCUGCCGAACGAGCCGAUCGGGUGACCAUGGCGGAGAUCAACGUCACGGAGGUGUUCACUAAUGACGACGGAUGCAGUCAGGAGCGCGCGGAGAAGACCCUCAACGCGCUUGUCAAGGAGUGGGGACAACAGCUAGCCGACGGGCUCGCCGAGAAGAUGGAUACACCCUGCCAAGACCGAGUCCUUCAUGAGGACCUCUGGUAUUUCGGACCAGAUCCCCGUGCACCUCCUUUCCGGAAGCGCCAGCUCACCGACCUGCGGGAGGAGCUACAUCGAUCCCAACGGGUGGAGCUACAGGAGGACGCAGACACUCUCAACGCCAACUACGCACGCCCAACAGAUCACAGCGCCAUGGACGACAUUAAGCAGGCUACUGCAUGCAGCGCCGCCGAGGGGCGCCUGCGCGCCGCCGGAUUCGACUUCAACAAGCCACCGGACACACAUACGACGCCUCGCUCCAGCAUCGCCAUAUUGGCGGGCAUCGCGGGGCCAUCCGCCAUCGACAAGAUGAAGACCGACGACCUUGCGAGGCGGGCGCCUGCAGACAUCGAGAGGAAGCUAAACGCCAUGCCGAACUACGCAUUGCAAGGGAUUUUGCGCGAGUUGAAGCUCCCGGUGUCAGGCAUCAAGGUGGACCUUGUGGCGAGGAUCGUCAAUCAUUACAACCGUGGUUGGGACUUGUCUCGUUUUAACGUGAGCACGCGGCAGUGUUUCUUCGACAGCGGGGGCCGGCGGAUCCGCAUGAUGAUCGGUUGCGCGGGGGCCACGUUCGUCACAAAUCAGUUCUGGUGCUCCCUCAUGUUCGCCCCGAACGUGGUGGGCACCGCCAACGCGACCGCAGCGGGGUGGGGCAACCUCGGCGGCGGCGUCACACAGAUUUUCAUCGUGUGGUGCCUGUUCAAGCCCUUCCAGGAGAUGGGCGCGAGCUCUGACACGGCCUGGCGCCUGUCCAUGGUCGUCCCCGGUUGCGUCUUCGUCGCGGUUGCCAUCAGCAUGAAGCUGUUUUGCUGGGACAUGCCAACGGGGCCCCGCUUCAAGACCAGCGACACGGGCAAGACAUCAAACGCGUCGAUGUGGGACUACGUGGAGUGCCUGAAGGACCCCAGGAUCGUCAUUAUGAUCUUCCAGUACGGCGCCUGCUUUGGCACGGAGCUGGUCAUGAACGCGCAGCUGGCCACCCAUUUCCGCGUCUACUUCCAGAUGGAGGCCGGCGCUGCCUCUGCCCUGGCAGGCUCCUUCGGCCUGAUGAACUUGUUCGCGCGCUCAUUGGGCGGCAUCUUCAGCGAUUUUCUUUUCGCCAGAUUCGGUUUCUCUGGCCGUAUUUGGGCUCAGUUCCUCUGCCUUUUCCUCGAGGGCAUCUUCCUGCUCGGCUUCGGAUCUGUGGAGAACUCGCAGCCAUGGUACGUCGCCCUGGCCGUCUUGCUGUGUUUCUCUCUCUUCGUGCAGAUGACCGAGGGCACCAGUUACGGCAUCGUGCCGUUCAUGAACCCGAAGCAGCUCGCGUGCACAUCCGCGCUGGUGGGGGCGGGCGGGAACUUGGGCGCCGUGAUCGCCCUGUGGUGUUUCUACAACACCCUUGGGCCCAUCGACACCCUGCUCCCGUUCAAGGUCCACGGUGCCUACGUGAUCUUUUGGGCGAUGACCUCUCCGGCGUUCUACUGGGCCGACAAGGGCGGCAUGUUCUGCGGCGCCAGUGACCCCGCCUUCCAGAAACCCGCGCCCAAGGAACUCUGCGCGACCACGAAGGACGCCGACGACCAGCAAGUCACGAACUUUUACAUUCAGUCUGUGGCCCCCGCAGAUGGCACGAGCAACGCCAGGGCUUGGUGGACGCGCACCCGCACCGCAAGGACGUUGCGCUACGCCCAGGAUGGCUGGACCAACCUGCGCAGGUCGAGCGCUGAAUUUCUCGAGGCUAAUGAGGCCGCGGCCGAGCAGGCGCCGCAGCACGAGCACUUCUUGAAUUUCGGCAACUGCUUCGAGUGGCAGACAACGAACCGCCGGACACGGAUGCACGACGUCGUGCCCCUUAUCUGGGCGGCCGUAGUUCUUGCAGUGCGCGCAGACCCGCCCGUCUGCAGCGUCGGCAAGCUCGAGGCUCUUGUACGCCAGUCCAUCCUUGCCGCAGCUACGGCCGGAGACCUGAAGGAGGUGCCCGGCUCAAGGACUGCGCGGGCCCCGAGUCUGGCGGUGGGCGGCAUGGGUAGUCAGGCGGGUCAGAGCGGCGCGGAGAGGAGCGAAGGCCGGGCUGUGAACGCCGACGCAGCCGAGAGAUCGGGCGCGGCGCACGUGUACCGCGUUCGCGCAGUCGACAACGGGCACGUGUCCGCGGACGUGAGCCGGGGGGGUAGGGAGGAAGGGCUCACGAAGGCGGCAGGUCUCAUGAAAGACCACCCCACCGUGCCAUCGGUCUCUGUGUACGGAGAAACGCUGGAAGGCGAGUGCAUCUUCUCCCGUGGUGCCGUGGAGCUGCCGCGUGCACAUUGCGCUUUUCGAGGGUGCGGGUGGCGGGGAUCCAGCGAAGCGGAGCUGCGCGCACAUGUGCUGGGCGAACAUCGCGAGGCGUUGCGGCAUGUCGCGGAGACGCUCGCGUGCCAUGACGAAGACGAAGCCAAACGGAGUGAGACGCAGUGCUGGUCAGCGUACAACGAGGCGAUCGCCUGGAAAGUGCGCGAGGGGGCGCCUCUCGCUUCACUGGCGAUCGAUCGUCGAUGCCUACGCGAGUAUGCGCGAAGUCUGGGAGAGGACGCCGUUCACUCUCUCGUUUGCAUGGUGUGCGCGCGGAAGUUCCCCCGCGUGGAGGGCCGAAAGGGGAACCCGAUUGAAUGGCGCGCGGUGACGGCCAGCGGGGGCGGAUUUUUCGGUCUCCCCGACGCGUUCGUGAGAGACAACGUGACGGUGGACUCGUACCUGGAGCGGAUCGGCGAAGUAGAUGGCGCUGGGGAGGGGAGCAGUGGCGUGCACCUUCGAGACCGCAUGGACGAGUUCGAGGAUUGGCACGUGUGCGUGCCAUCAGGAGACGGGCCCAUGAGAGUGCUCUGCUGCCCGGAGGACAUGCGGUGCCACAGCGGCACGACGCACGCCGUGAAUAGUGCAUGCGCCGGUUGUGAAGCCCCGUUGUGCGGGGAGUGCGGGAACGCGAUGGCCGGGCCCGACGGAGUAAGGGAGGCGGCAGAUAUUUUGGAGAGCACGAAGACGAACGCCGUGGUAUGUGAGAAGAGCAGCUUCGACGAGGGAGAUAUCAAUGCGCAGCGGAUCGAGGCCGUGCGAACCUUCGUGCAACGGCUGGAUGAGGAGUGCGCGCACGGCGAUGCGAACGGGACGUCGGAUUCCAGCGAAGAAGAGGGCGGCGACGGGACGACGGAACGGGCGCGUAAACGCGUUCGCGUCCGCGAAGGGGCGGGCCCGGGGGCGGAGCAGACGUCGCGGGAGGCGGCGGAGCGCGUCAUGCUGGAGCAGACGACGACCGAAGGGAAGCGCGUGGACCGCCUUCGCGUGCGCACGGGAAACGUUAUGAUGGAUCAGUUCGAGCCCUGGGGGAAUGGGGCGCCGCGUGUAGAGCUGCCACUGUGGGUGCGGAUUAUGAGUCGCCGCGUCGAGAGCCAGUUGUGUCGCGAUUGGCAUUUCGGGUUCGUGUCGUGGAACCUCGUGUUCCGCUCGGCGGUGAACCUGAGCAGGACGUGGUUCACGUACGUGGCACCGAGCGCCACGGGCGAGGUGGAACAGCUGACGCCUGAGCAGAUCGGCGAAGGCGCCAAACAGAUUUACCGCGCGCUAGACAUGAAGUACGUGGACAUCAACGGCAGAAAGCAGAAGGUCAAGGGCGACAUGACGAAAGUUCGGCACAUGCCAAAUCUGGGGAAAGCCGCACACAAGCUCCUCACACACAUUGAGCACACGUCGCGGCGCUUGCCAGGUACACAGGAAGCUCGUCGUGUAAUGCGGUUUGAGACGAACGCUCUUCGAGUCCGGUAUGGCGUUCCAAUCUUCGUAACUUUAUCGCCCGACGAAGGCCACAAUCUGCUCAUGCUCCGCCUGUCGCGCACGCGAAGACAGGACCCCGUGCACGCGGCAGCAGAAGAUCAGGCGCAGUCACGAGUGGCGGGGGAUCGGGAGUGGCCGCGCGUAGCCCCCGACGUCGACGAGGCUCGCCUCGGUCUUCCGAUGGAUGCAGCACGGGCAGGAGUGCCGUCGUGGGCCGAGCGUAGACGCCUACUCGCGCGUGAUCCCAUGGCUAGCGUCGACGGCUUCCGCAUCAUAGUGGACGCGACGCUCCGGCACCUCUUCGGUCUGCGGACUUGCCCGAACUGCCCGCGAUGCAAUCACGCACAGGAGAGCGGAGACCUGUACGGCUUCUUGCCCAUCGCAGAGGGCAUGCCAGUCGCUCUGACUGAUCACAUCGAUCGCAGCGAGGACAAGAACCUCCUGCGCGGUCGCGUCGGCCGCGUUCAGUCUUGGGUUUGCGACGGGGACGCAGAGCACGAUCAGGCCACGCGGGUGGGUGAGACCAUUCUGAAGAAAACCCCGAAAGUGAUUUUUGUAUUGUUCGACGAAGGCGACGACGGAAAGGGCGGUCGGAAGCCGUGCAAGUGGACGAUCGGGGGAUUGAGGACGCCUGGCUUGCACCCGGUGGGUCCGCAAAAGAAGGAGUGGUUCGUGGACGAAGGUCGUCCGCACCCGCGGCUGAAGGGGCAAACUUUUAAGGAGGGUGUCAUAGUGGACCUGAGCAUCGGCGGGGGCACGUCACCUCUGUCGAGCUACGUGGCACUGACGCGGGUGCAGCGCCGUGAGGACAUGCUCAUCUUUCGCCCCUUCGACAUUGCGCCGUAUCAGAAGAAGGACGAACGGAAGGGCCCAGGCUUGUUGCUGCGCACGUUGCGCGGAGAAGACUUGGACUGGGAGGCGAUAGAGCUGGAGUUCAUGCCGUCUGGCAGGUGCGCGGUCUGCGGGUGCACGAAGUACAAGAACAUGUACCCAACGGUCGGGCAGUGGAGCCGCGCAGAUGGGCUCCGCGUGUGCAGCGUGUGCCUGGAAGAUAAGAAGAGGUCCGGCACGCCGUGGCAAUGCAUGGAGUGUGGUCUAUGGAAGUGCCAGGAGGCGUUCCACGCGUCACAGCACCACCCGUCGAAGUUGACCACGCGGCGUUGCGUGGACUGCCCCGAGAGACGGAGUUGCCGCGUGUGUGAUGGUCGGAAGUACGAAGAAGCGUUCGCGCCGUACCAGUGGGACCUUGCAGGGAACAGCCGGUGCAGAGGGGGGAUGUGCAAAGAGUGCGAGGAGUUGAAGACGCACCUGACGUGUUCCCGCUGCGGCAUGGAGAAGUUGGUGGACGAUUUUGCGAGGAUUGAGAGGAACGCAGAGGAGCGGAAGUGCAAAGCGUGUAAGAAAUCAAUGAGAGAGGAAGAAAGACAGCGCGCCGAGGAAGGGAAACGGAGGGUAUGCUCGAAAUGUGGGGAGUCGAAGAGUAAGGCGGAGUUUUCCGCUCACAUGUGGUGCAUCGCCUCCAAAGAGACCAUUGCAUGUACCCAGUGCGUCCAGGAUGCGGCCGCCCAACGGGACUCGGCGGCGAGGAAAGACGUGAAGGCCUGUGGUGUGUGCGAGGUGGCGCAACGGCGUGAUUUCUUCUCGCAAAAAAUGCGGAAUGGAGUGGCCGAUCGUGACCGCAAAUGCAUGCGCUGCGUCAGCGCUGGGGCUGCACAGCGGAACACAGAUGCGAGGAAGGACGUGAGGGCCUGCGUGGUGUGCGAGGUAGCGCAGCGGCGUGAAUACUUUUCGAAUUGGAUGUGGGAGUGCGCGGGGGAUCAGCACCGCAAGUGCAAGCGCUGCAUCGAUGGCGCAAAGCUGGAGCGAGGGAAGUGGAAAUGUGUAGAAUGUAAGGGCGCUUUCGGGAGGGAGCACUACAGCAACUGGUCGGCUGGACGAUCGACGCAGAAGGCGAAUGGCAAGCAGAGAUGCAACAUAUGUUGUGCUGGCCAAGAGCGCAAACGGAAGGAA